AUGAGCCGCAACGGUGAGCUUUGCUUGCAGAAGAUCAUCGUGUCGUAUAGCCCCAACAAGGGGAAUCCGGCGAUGCGGCAGUUCAUGGCCACCUACCUGCCCGAGUUCUACCGGCAGUAUCCACAGGUGAAAAUCGACAUUCGUCCUCGGCAGUGGCCGGAGAGUAGCAUCACCGGUGUCUACCGGGAUGGAAGCGAGAAGGCGUACUCCAUUUGCUUUCUCAGUUCAAUGGGGAUCAACGUUCGCUUCCAUCGUCUGGUGAACGAAGGAAACGACUACAAUCACUCCUUCUCUGCUUCUCAUCUGCACAUGCAGCGCAGGAGCGUGCAGGGUGUCUGGAACCCAUAUCUGUGGAACUACGAGGGUACCCGUGCCCGCCACAAACCGCCGGCGAAGUGGAACCGAAAGCUGACGGAGAGGGAGUGGGACUACUACAUCCAACAGUACGGAGCUCAAAUGAAGGCGGAGGAGGACACGAUCGCCGAUCGUGUGCGUCGCUACACGGACAUUCCAGAGGCGAGCACAGAGGAGGUGCAGCAGCGCUGGAAGGAACACGUGAUGCCGCGCCUGCAGACUGACCUAGAGUACAACCUCAGCCACUGGAAGAAGCAGCACCUCUCCGGAGCACGUCGGCCGUCGCUACCGACGCUAAAGGAGUAUAGCCUUUUCUCCGUCCCUGAUCACUCUAGCCUUGGGCAGGAUGCCAUUGACAUGCUGCGCAGGCGCGAGGCUCAGCGCGAGGAAGAGUGGUGGCGCGAGCGGAAGGGUCAACUGAAACCACCUAAGUGA